UUCCUAAAGUUGGAAAAUGAUUUGGAAGGAGAGGCUGAGAAGUGUUUGCAAGAGCUUAUCGAUAGAUGUCUAGUCCUCGUCUGCAAGAAAAGUCUAGAUGGAACAAAAAUUAGAUCAUGUAAGGUUCAUGAUCUAAUAUAUGACCUGUGCUUGAGAGAAAUUCAAUAG